AGUGAGUGAAACAAUCUCUCUCUUCACUCCACACUUGAUUCUGGUUUUUUGUUGCACACACCAAAACGGCUCCCUCUCAGGCCAAAAGCUUCACCGUUUCGGUUCGUCGUUAGGGUUUCUUAUUCGCUUCACAGAAUGUCGCACGAAGCCACUUCUUCGCUGUUCGCCCUCUCCAAUUCCAACCCUCCACCACGCUCUUCACCAACCAUGCAUUGAUUCUUCUUCCUCUUCUUCUCUUUUUCUGUGGUGGCAGUUCUGGUAUGGAACCGUAUGAUGUUUCGGAAACCAGAAACCAAGAUGCACAUGUGGUUGAAGGUGCUGAUUUAAAUUCACACUUCAUAAGCCCAAAUCUUGAACAAACUGAUGUCAUGAUUAAUGAAGGAGGCCCUGAGUUUGUUGUUGAUCAGAACAUGUAUUACCCUGCUGCCACCAAUUAUGGGUAUUACUGUACAGGAUUUGAAUCACCCGGGGAAUGGGAGGACCACCAUAGGAUUUUUGGUGUAGAUGGUCCGAAUAUUCAGUACACGGGUGCACAAAAUGAAAGUUUUCCAUAUGUAUAUUAUAGUUAUGGAUAUGCACAGUCUCCAUACAAUCCAUAUAAUCCUUACAUUCCUGGUGCUAUGGUGGGAGUUGAUGGAUCAUUUGGAGGAGGACAACAUUAUUACACCGUCCCCAAUUAUCAAAACCCUGUUUCUGCUCCUGGUUAUAUUCCCCUUGUUCUACCUGACAAUUUUUCUGAUAGUUCUGCAGACCCCUUUUUUGGAGCCAGUGCUUCUGUCAGUAAACCUGAUGGAAGAGGUUUGAAACAUAAGCUCAAUUCAGCUUCUGGUAACUUUUCUAGGAACUCUUCAAAAUUUUUAUCAAAUCAGACAAGUUCCAUGGCCAGGGUGUCAGAAGGGCCGAGAUCUAAUGAUGGGAGGAAGCAAGAUUUGGCACGUGCAAGUGUUUCUGGGAAUAAUUUUCUCAAUUUAACUUCAUCAGCUGUCCAUCGGGAUAGAAGUUCUGGUGCCUCAUUCCAACCUGUAGAUACAAUUUCUAAUGGAAAUGUUAUGUCUCAUCGUAAUCAAUUGAAAAUAGCUUCAAAUAGUGAGUUUUCUGAUUUUGGAUCUAAUUCUAGUGGACAGUCCGCAGUUGCUAAACUUAGGCCUAAGCUUCCAAUUGGCAAAAUACCAAGUGAUGGAAAUGGAAGCUCUGAUGUAUUGGGUGAGCAAAAUCGAGGCCCUAGAGUUAGUAGAUCGAAACAUCAGCUGUCUGUGAAAGCCUAUACAACCAAGGCAGGAGAUGGUAACGAGCAGGGGAACAUCAUCAUUUAUACUGAUCAAUAUAAUACUGAGGGUUUCCCUCUUGACUAUGAAAAUGCAAAGUUUUUUGUUAUAAAGUCAUACAGUGAGGACGAUGUGCACAAAAGCAUUAAAUAUAAUGUUUGGUCAUCUACACCUCAUGGAAACAAGAAGCUGGAAAAUGCUUACGAGGAUGCAAAGAAAAUAGCAGCUGAAAAAUCUGGAGUCUGCCCUAUCUUCCUAUUUUUUUCUGUCAAUGCAAGUGGGCAAUUCUGUGGGGUUGCAGAGAUGAAUGGUACAAUUGAUUUUAAUAAGAAUAUGGACUUUUGGCAGCAAGAUAAAUGGAGUGGAAGUUUUCCUGUCAAGUGGCACAUUAUAAAAGAUGUGCCAAAUUCAAAUUUUAGACACAUUAUUUUAGAGAACAAUGAAAAUAAGCCAGUGACUAAUAGCAGAGACACGCAAGAGAUAAUGUAUUGGAAAGGUUUGGAAAUGCUGAAAAUAUUCAAAAGUCAUACUUUGAAGACAUCUUUGCUUGAUGAUUUUAUGUACUAUGAAAACCGUGAGAAGAUUAUGCAGGAUGAGAAAGCUAAGUUGCUAGUCAAGAGUUUCGAUGGUCCCUUACUUGGACCAGCAUUAGAAACUUCCCGAAAGUUGAAUUUUGUUGGCAUACCUCCAGACAAUUACGAGAGGAAUUCAAAGAUCAAGGGUGAUUCCGAUGGCUUAAAAGAGAUCUCAAUUUCAAGUUCUGAGCAGAUUGUUAAUAAUUCUAACGUCACUAGCAUCAAGUCUGUGGAUGAUAAGGCUGAGAAAAUUUCUGUUGAUAAAGAAGACACAUCUUCUAUUUUAAAGAUUGGGUCGGUCACUAUUACCCCAAAACAGGUAGAGGUUAAACAAUCUGUUGGCGUUGUUAACAAGGAACCAAUUGAUGUUCUUACAGUAGGCUCGAUGCAGGUCAAAGUUAAUGGGUUUGCUACGUCUUCUGGUUUCUUGAAGGUUGGCAGUAUCCCACUUGAUGGAAGAACAUCACAACCGGGAAAAGAAGAUGGUGCCAUUAAAAGUGGAUCACAUAGUUAAAUUUUGCUUGUGCAUUUUGAGGCGACAUAUGGUUCUCGUCUGCUUUGGUAAAGAUGGAUUAAUAUAAGCUCCCCUGUAUUACUGUUGGGAAGUUGAGUUUCUUUUUGAUCAUUUGUUAUUGCUCUGGAUUUUCUAGUUCAUUUGCUAAUGAUGUUUUGCUCCAAGACCUUUCUUGAAUCGUGGGGUCCUUGAGCGGUGUUGAUUGUGUUGAUUCCUAAAGCUUCAAUAGAAUAGCGUAACCUACUUUUUGCAUUUUGUCUAUUCGGUGCUCAACAUUCUAGAGGGAGAUUUUACUCGUUGGAACUUGGAAAUUUCUUCCAAUCUAUGUUGAGCUGCCCGCCAAAACAUCUCGACGCAUUCGUUCGGAUUGGUUCUGUUAUGUUAACAAGAUGUCAUUGCUUCUGUUUUGAAUGUGUAUUUCAUUCAGAUUUGGUUAAAGAUGAGGAAAUGUAACAAAUGAACGAGAGCUUUUUAAGAAGAUAAUAGUGUCCGUGUCUGGUUUAUUUUGCUUAUUCAGCUUUGUCCUCUCUGGGAAUCAAUCAAAUUGUCCCCUGCAUGUAAGGACACCGAAAUGUCGCAUUCUUCGGUGGCAAAUUGUCGUUUAUUUUUCAACUUGUCUUGAUAAACUUUUUUUAGUAGCCGGUGUAAUCAAGUUUUCCACCUCACUCUCACCACCGUUAGUAACCACUCUUACCCUUGAUAACUUCAACAUGAUGGAUGCGCAAUUUCUCGUC